AUGUUGAGAAUCCUAUCGAAAACCGCCUCAUCCACGGGGAGGAGCGACGGAUCCACCACCGCCGCCUGGUGCGACGACGUCGAUCUGUCUACGUGGGAACUCGUCAGCGCGUCUCAGUCCGACGACGAGGACCUCUACUCCUUCGAUGGGGAUGACGUCGCCGGCGAGGGCGACGGAGACGGAGACGGAGACGGAGACGACGUCAUCGUCGCCGAAGGGGUGGAGGCCGAGCCCGAUCUCGACCCGAUCCGAUCAGAACACGUGCUCGUGACCCCGUGUGACGUAGUUGCUGUCCAGUCGCUGUCGGCCUCGCCGCCGAUGACUCUUCCCGUCGAGAUGACGCUCUACGAUCACGCUUGCCUUGGCGAUGGAGAUGGAGAUGUUAAUGAUGAAGACGACGAUGACGACGGUUAUGAUUACGAUGACGAGCUGGUUCCAUGGCAGCUGAAGGGCAGAUUCGGCAAGGAGAGGUUGAGGAAAUUGGGGAAAAGGGGUGGGCCAAACCCUAACAAGUCCAAGACCAAGAGGAUGGCUUUUUCCUAUAAAAGGCCUGGGUGCUUGUACGGCAAGCACGGCUUUGGCGUGCAGCACUCCUUCAUCUAG